GCGUACCGACAGUUCACGUGUGGUGAAAACAUCAGAGCAGUUAGUUGUUUGUUUUUUGCCCCCAGAUUUCACGAAUAUUCGAGUUUUACGAUAGAUUUGCAUUAUAAAAUUUAACAAAUAUGGCAAACGACAGCGAUGAUGACGUGAUGGACGCGUUUAUUGACAAAUUCAAGACGGAGAAGUAUAAGAACGCGUUCAAUGAAGAGACCUGGGAAGAGGAGAUGGACAGAAUUCCUAUUUUUAUGACUAAAGCUCCAGAUGAAAUUGACCCAAAGAAAUACCCCGAACUGGUGGCUCUUCAGUCAAUGAUCCAUGAUGAGGACCGCACCCCAGAAGAAAAAGCUGAAGAUCUAAAAAAUGAAGGCACCUCUUACUUUAAAGCCAAGAAGUACAAACAGGCGGCCAUGUCCUACACAGCGGCUCUGGUAAUGAAGAGCAAAAAUCAGGAUCUAAAUGCAGUCCUCUUCUCCAACCGGGCUGCAGCACACUUUCAUCUAGGUAAUAUGCGUUCUGCAUUAAACGAUGCUACGGCUGCAAAGAAGUUGAAGCCAGAUCACCUCAAAGCCCUGGUUAGAGGAGCCCAGUGCUGCACAGAGCUCAGAAACUUUGGAGAAGCCUUAAAAUGGUGUGACGAGGGAUUGAAACUUUACCCCACAGACAGAAAACUACAGGAGCUCAGAGCCACAGCAGACAAAAAUAAGAGAGUGUCUGACAGAGAUGCAAGAAAAGCCAAAGCCAAACAAAAGAAGCUACUCGGGGAGAAGGAAGCUCUGCUCAAGGCUGUUCAGGACAGAGGUAUUAAGUUCCUUCCCUCGGUGCGACCUCGGUGCAGCUCUGACAGUGACGAUGAUGAAGAUGGUGAGCCUUCCACUCGUGGUCUCUCACAGCUCAGUCUGGACGGUCUAAAUUCAGGAGAGGUCACCGGAGCUCAGGUCUAUCUCAACCAGGAGGAUGGCGCCCUCUACUGGCCAGUGCUCUUCCUGUAUCCUGAACACCAGCAGAGUGACUUUAUCUCUACCUUCUGUGAAAACCACUGCUUCUUAGAUCACCUGACCGUCAUGUUUGGUGAAGAACUUCCUCCUUGGGACACGGACCAUAAGUACUGCCCUUCAGACCUGCAGUUAUUUUUUGAAGAUGAACAAAAAGAGACACUUUACCAGGUCGACUCGCAGACUUCACUUCUACGGGCUCUACAGCAUCAGCGGUAUUUUGUUAAAGCGGGAACGCCAAGUUUCAUCGUGUUGGUCAAAGGCUCACCGUUCUGCAAACAGUAUUUAUCUGACAAGAAAGUUCACAGUCUCAAAUAAAAAUGGAUUUAAACUUGUUCAACA